AUGGCGGUGGCCAUGAGCCACGACGCCGCGUCAUGCCUGCAAGCAAUACAGCCGACUGAGACCACGUUCACAACAGUCUGUACCGUCCCGCUCAGCAUCAAACAUGUCGCGCCACCACCCAAAGGAUCUGACCCAUCCUUACUACCUCUCCAACGGAGCAAGUUCCGAGAGAGCUGCUGGAAGCUCACAGUGUAUGGCGUGCUGUCACUGGCGGGCGCGAGUCUCAUCUGGCAAGGGGGCUGGGUCAGCGACACCUCCACCCUGUGGAAGGGCUGGCCCGAACACGAUCCCAGCCCUGGCUUGCUCGCACUGUACUACUUUGAGCUGUCGUUUUACUUGGCCAGCACCUUCAUGCUGGUUUGGUGGGAAGCACGGCGCAAGGACUUCCCGGUCAUGAUGGCCCACCACUUUGUGACAGGGGCCCUCAUAGCACUCUCCCUCCGUUUAAACUUCCUGAGGGUGGGCGCCAUCAUCAUGACGCUGCAUGAUGCGUGUGACGUCCUGCUGGAGGCCUCCAAGCUGGCCAAGUACACGGGGCAUGAUGCAGGGGCCACCACGCUCUUCACAGCCUUUGCGCUGUCGUGGGCGGGCCUGCGUCUCGCUUUCUUCCCGUUCGUGGUCAUCCACAGCACCAGGUUUGAGAUUGUGGAGGUUCUGUCCUAUCGCCCACCCUGCCUCACUGCUUUCAACACCUUCCUCCUCUCCUUGGUGGCCAUGCAUGUCUACUGGUUCGCCCUGAUCCUGCUGGUAGCAUACCGACGGGUGGCCCUGGGGGAAAUUGAGGACAGCCGGGAGGAUUGA